CAGUCUGUCGAGGAACGGAUGUAACGUAAAGUGCAGAGGCCACUUCGUCGCUGCGAGACACAUUGCAUCGUGCGUUCUGACAGAUCACUCGCUCCGUUUCAUAAGUAUGCGAAGCGAUUUUCACUCGUCACUCCACAACCAUGUCCUAUUAUUGUAAUCAAUCUCUACUUACAAUUAGUAUAUAUUGCUAGUCAGUUAUCCAAGUGUUUAACCGGAUACCAAGAACUUUUUCAACAUUUUCCUCAGCGUUCAAGGAGCCCGCGAUAAGACGUAUCGGAAAGAAGACAUCAAUAAAAACCGCCUUUUUGCACAGUGAACGAGGGACGCAGAGGUUCUCGUAAGAUUAAUUGGAGCAGAGAUCCGAUUGGCGCAAAUAAUCUCUGUAGCGGAAGCUGUUGAAGAAAUAUUACGCACGAGAAUGAGAAGCCUCUGUUUUGAAUAAAAGUGCUGCUCGCGAACACGAAUGAUGUAAAAGAUCAUAACGCAAUCCGAGUGCAGGAUAGAAAAAGUGCAAUCGCAUUGCAUACACUAUUAGAAAUUACACACACGACUCGAACUGUUGUAAAUAUCGUGAAACACUUGGCGUUUAAAAAGCGUAAAAGUUCAUAGGAAAUGACGAUGCACGAGUUGAACUCUCGUAUGCACAAACAUAUUGAGCCAGUGAUUAUGAAUAAGAGAUAGAGAUACUCGUGAAUCAGGCUCGGUAUUAGCCGCGUCUAAUGUUUCUUUCAACAUGCGAUUGUAACAAUGAAUAACCGCGGGCGUAUCUUAGCGCAAUGCAAUGUACAUUAGACACACAUAAUUCGCCCCACCUACGGCAACCGACAAAUUUUUUGUAGUGUUUCCGAUAAGCCGAUAAACUUGGGUGAAGUGAUGCAAGAGAAGUGCGGCGAGAAAUAGUAAGGAAAAUACUCUCAGUAGGUCAAUAAAAUCCAGUAAGUCAUGUCGACGAGAAGACGUACAACAAACGCGCUGUGUACGACGCGGGUCCGGAUGGUCGACAUUGAAUUCAAGGAUCUGUCGUACGACGUUCAGGUUGGAUAUUGCGGAACCACGAAGCAGAUUUUGAAGAAUUUGAACGGAAUCUUCAAGGCCGCGGAGCUGACGGCUAUUAUGGGACCGUCCGGUGCCGGGAAGUCGACGUUGUUGAACAUUCUGACCGGAUUCCAACAGGGACUAGUGACGGGCACGCUCGAGUACGUCAGUAGCGAGGGUAGGCAGAGCUAUGGCCAGUACAAGAAGCAAUCGCGCUACAUCCAACAGACGGACAGCCUGUACGGUCUGUUCACCGUUCAGGAGAGCAUGAUGAUGGUGACCUAUUUAAAGCUGGAGAACAGUGCAACGAAGGUAUUCAGGCAGAUACUGAUCGAUAACAUCCUGGACACGUUGAAGCUAUCGUUGGUGAAGGAGACGAGGGUCGACCGGCUCAGCGGAGGGCAGAGAAAGAGGUUGAGCAUCGCCCUGGAACUGGUUGACAAUCCGUCGAUAAUGUUCCUGGACGAACCGACCACCGGCCUGGAUUCAUUGGCGUCCCUGCAGUGCAUCUCCGCGUUGCAGACUCUGGCAAAGAACGGUCGAACGGUGAUCUGCACCAUCCAUCAGCCCAGCGCCGCGAUCUACCAACUGUUCGAUCAUAUUUAUCUGGUGGUCGAGGGCCAGUGCUUGUACGCCGGCACACCCGACAACACGGUGAGCUAUUUCAGCCAGCAAGGUUUUCGGUGUCCCAAGUACCACAAUCCCGCGGACUACAUGCUGGAGGUGGUUAACCGGGAAUACGGCGAUUACAACGAUCAGUUGGCCGCGGCAGCCAAUGAGUAUUGCCAAAGAGAGGAGACACCCCAGAAGGCGCACGUCAUGCGAGAAGCGACGUUCUUCGAGAAAGUGAGACUGAUGGACUCGCCUACGGAAUUUAUGAAAUUGAAGGUGCUGCUAUACCGUUGCGCCAUGAUAAUAUACCGAGAUUGGUCGGUCAGUCACAUCAAAGUGAUCUUGCAUUUCCUCGUGGCUAUUUUGUUGGGCUUGCUGUACGAGCACGCCGGUCACGAUGCCAGCAAAACUAUCAGCAACAUAAGUAUGUUCGUGGUGACCAUGGUAUACUUCGUUUACACCAGUAUGAUCCCGGCCGUAUUGAAAUUCCCUUUGGAGCUGGCUAUACUGAAGAAAGAGCGCUUCAACAACUGGUACCAGCUGAGAACUUACUACGCGGCCACGCUGGCGAUCAGUAUACUGUUGAACAUAUGUUACACUUUUAUUUACUCGUCCAUCGUCUACGUGCUAACCGGUCAGCCCAUGGAAUUGUCCCGGUUCCUCAUGUUUCUACUCAUCACGAUCCUGACGGCCUUCAUUUCGGAAAGCGUAGGCUUGGGUCUAGGGGCAAUUUUCGAUCCCGUUAACGGUACCUUCUUUGGGGCUAUUACCACGUGUGCGAUGGUGGUGCUAAGUGGUUUCUUGGUAUUCUUCAAUCACAUGCCGGAGUUCCUUUACUACGUUAGCUACUUGAAUUACUGCAGAUUCAUCUUCGAAGGCUUCGUACAGGCGAUAUAUGGCUUUCAACGAGAGACAAUAAACUGCCCGAAUCACGUCGUGUAUUGUCACUUACGAGCACCGUCGGUUAUACUAGAAGAGAUGCGUAUGUCCAAAUCUAUAUUUUGGAUCGACGCCACCGUCCUACUCGCCUGGUUCGUAGUUAUUCGGUUCAUGGUAUAUGUGUCGUUAAAAAGAAGGCUUUCGAAGAUAUGCUGAUAUCACGCGCUAUUUAAAGCGAGUAUUACAUUCGUAUUGAAAACGUGAUGCAAUCUACCGAGAUUCAUCCGGCUUCCGUGAGCAAAACGCUGCUUUCGAGGAUCACUGAAGAGGCACCGGAGAGGUUGUGACAUACUGCAAGGACAUGUUCGCAGAAUAUGUUAGGCGAAAUUUGCAUAAUAUCUGUAUGGCUGUGACAGCAUAGUGUGCUUAUUGAUUUAUAAUAAGACCUUUCCGCCAAGGCUCUUUUCGCAAAGGUAGAAGUUAGCGAUAGUUUCCAAGUACACAGUACGCUUAUCUCUUCGUAGUAAGAUUUUAUCGUAAUCUCAAAGAAAGACAGAGUGAUAGUUUAUAUGUAAAGUCAAGACGUCGGCAGCAACGAAAGAAGUGCUUACGCAACUUGUAUACAGCAGGAAGUAAAAGUAACGCUUGUAAUUGAGUCGAUUUUUCCAACUUGAUCUGAUACAAACCAGCGGGAUAAGAUGCGGAUUAUGGUGUACGGCUGUAGAAAGUGCACUGUGUGACAUUGUGGACGCCUAGUACGCGACGAUACUUUCACGCUCGUCCUCGAUGAGGCACGUGCUGGGACGAUGAUGGACACGGUGCAAUGUAUUUCGCGCGGCUAUAAUUAAAUAUGCAUGAACAUUCAAUUCCGCUUUAAUAAUUUAUAACAAAUCCGUGCUCGACGAGGCACUUACUGAAAUGUGGUAUCUCACGCAGUUUAAUAAUUGAAGAUUUAUAUUUUUCUUGAGCCAUUAAUCGUUUUUUUGUUAAGUGGGUUAUUAUCAGAUCAAAUUAUCAAUGCCGCCAAAAUUGACGCAGCAGCUUGAGAAAAUAUAGUUUAGUCAAUUUUAUUCAUUUACAAAUGUGUGUGCUAAAUUUUCUCACAUUUGUCGACAUAUAUAUAUCACCGUUAUAUAAAAGUAAUCGUUCCCUGCACUUGUAAGUUUCCUUCCAAUUUACUAAUAUGGUAAUCAGUGACUUAUGCGCGUAAUAUUUAUAGCUAUACAGUUCUACUUAAGAAUGUGCACAAAACUCUUUCUAAAAGAUAAUAAAUCAGCAGACAAGUAUUUUCCAUUGAAUUAAUUAUUAAUAACGGACAUCAUGUGAUGACAAAAAUUUAGUCUUCGUCGAUGAAGAAACUAUAUACUCAAAUAAUAUAUUUAUUGUAUUAUUUCGAUGUUAAGGAUAUUUAUUGCAACAACUAACAUCGACGAAGGACUAUUAACAAUAUAUUAAAAAUUUAAUAUUGUAUCUCUUUCGAAUAAAUUAUCCGAUUUUAUGUGAUAAAAAUGUUUCUCCUAAGCCCACUCCAUUAAAAAUAAUUAUGCAACGCAAUGUGUAUUUAGCUUUCCCAUGUAUGGAGAAAGAACCGAAUUAAAAGUGAUAAAACAGCGAAAAGAUAUUUCGCGAGUUAGAUAAUGUAAAGAUAAUGUAGUCGGGUCUUAGGUCAAAAACCACUGAACGCAUGGAAUUCGCAAUAAGAUUGCUUAACCGAUGCUAACCACGUGUUUCACAUUAGGCUGAGAGCUGCGAUGAACCGCUAAUAUCGCGGUCGUGCAAACGUAAUUUCGUAAUAAUAUUAUAUAAGACUGUAUAUACGCAAUAAGAGUUGAGAAAUGGUCAAAUUAAUAGCCUUUCACCAUCGAGUGGAAUUACCCACAGUAAUGAAUUCCUCGGCAAUGAUCGGGAGAAAUAAUAUUGUUAUUCGAUCUCGCAGAUUAAAUUAAUAAGUUUAUUUCCGCUACGAUUCUCUUCGGGGAAGAGGCGAUCGGUGACUUAUCAAAAGUGCAGCACGAUGAUCUUGUCUUGUAUGUAACAUGAGGUACGAGAAAUAUAAACUUCAAAAUACGGACUACAAAUGCUUGCAUGUACUGCAAUAGCUCGUAUAGUUUUGCGGCGUAUCAAUUAAAAAUGAGCAAGUACAGUACCGUGGCGUGCUGUACUUGUUAAAAGUCUAAAAGUAUCUACAUACUGUGUAUACAUAUAGCUAAUCAUUAUUUUGCGUAUAAUGAAAUACAAUUGAAACUUAAAUCAGUAUGCGUAUCAUAGGAGCAAAACGUAAAACGUAAUGUAAAUAUUAUCUAAAAUACUGAGAGUAUAAUAUACAAAUAAAAUAACGAGUGAGAAAGAAAAAAAAGGGGCAAAUAAUGGCAAAUGUGGCGCGUCUAUUAAAAUUAUAUUAGAGAAAAAGAAAGAAACGUUUAACGGAUCGCUCGGGGAUCCACGUCAGGCGACACUGUGAUUAUGGAAAAAAUGGCACAUUUAUUAUAUUAGUGAUAGUAAUAUUACUAAUGAUAUAAUUACAUAUUUUUUUUCUUUCUCAAUCGAUACACUUGUUCACUCUCUCAUAUUCUUUCUCUCCCUCUCUUGCACUCUUCCGUUUAUUCUAUUUUCCUUUCUCUCUCUCCCUCUCUCUCUCUCUGUUUUACUCAGUUUAGAUAUUUAUAUUCAUCUCGUACUUCAUUAAUAUUAAUAAUCGCAUUCUUCUUAAUCGCAUGUAGGGUCGAAGAGAUCGGUUUCAACAUCCUCCAGGCCCAUUCACACAAACUACCUACAACCCACUUACGCAUUAAUCUUUUUUUAUUACAUAUUAUACAAUAUUAUAUAUCUAAUAUAGUUACACUCUUAUAUGAUAUGAUAAUUAUCGAUUCGCAGUUGUACCAAUAAAACUGAACCCUUACACGCAAUUAGAUAGUUCCUUAUGUUCCGCAACAAAUAGUUCCCUCUUCUCGACAUUCUCAUUGAUAUUUGCCGCUUAACAGUAACCAUAAAUUGAAAUUAGAGUUUACGACUCAUACCGAACGAAAGUGUGGUGCCCCGUAUUCUCGAUAGGCGCGUACUUGAAAAUAACGUCAUUGUUAAGAGUAUAAUUAUUUCGUUUCAUGUACAAAGGUCUGUGUGAAGGGGCCACAUACGGCCGACAAUUUCGACUUCGACCCCCCUGUGUAGACCUCUUCGCUCUCCAGCUUCAUUUUGACUAUCUACGACUAUCGACACGUGUCUAGCUUAGACUGGCUUAUGAGCUAUUUAUUGUCGUUAUUAUUUUACAUGAUUACCUUCGCGAAUACAGAUGUGUGAUCGUGUAUUUUAUUACGUGUCUGUGAGCGGCUCUUUUUGCAAUUUAUCGCAAUGUACAUUUAUCGUUACGUUCUCUCUUCCUCUUUUUCGCUCUCCCUCCUUUUCUUUUUGUUAAAUAUAAUUUUAUGAAGCGUCGCCGAAGCAACGGGGCGUGAUUAAUGAUUAUUAAUUAAACGUGGAGCGAGGUUGUGCGAGUUCUUGCCGAUCAGAUUGCCUAUAGUCUACAGAUCCUGAUCGAGAACGAAAGUGAUUUUAUGAUAGGUCUACGAACUAGUGAAAAUAUGUAAGUUUAUAGCUUAUAAAAAUCAGUAUUGGAAUAAUCUUUUCAAUUCUUCUCGUGUCUUGUGUUAUUGGUUGAUUUGGAAAAUAAAAUAUUUUAAAAUA